AUGAUGCGUCCAUCUCUCUCUCAGAACUAUCCCCGCAGCGGCUUCCCAAUGGAGGUUUCAACUCCGAUGGGUCAGGGUCGAGUCAACCAGCUUGGAGGAGUUUUCAUCAACGGCCGGCCUCUACCGAACCACAUUCGACACAAGAUAGUGGAGAUGGCCCAUCACGGGAUCCGGCCCUGCAUGAUAUCCCGCCAGCUCAGAGUCUCUCACGGCUGCGUCUCCAAAAUCCUGUGCCGCUAUCAGGAGACUGGAUCCAUCCGGCCUGGAGCCAUCGGCGGCACUAAAUCCAAGACUUCAUCUCUACAUGUGGAGAAGCGCGUUGAGGAAUAUAAACGGGAAAAUCCCGGAAUAUUCAGUUGGGAAAUUCGGGAUAAAUUGCUCAAAGAAGGAAUUUGUGACCGGAACAACGUGCCUUCAGUGAGUGCAAUAAGCCGCAUUAUGAGAGGCCGAUAUGGCGCAAGAGGUGACGAUGAGGAGGAGGAGGAUGAAGAGGACAUCGAGAAGCGCGAGCAGGAAGAACACGCCCGCAGGAGCGGACACAGCAUCGAGGGGAUUCUCGCAGACAGAUCGAGUCCAUCUGAUGAAGGUUCAGAUGUGGAAUCAGAACCCGAUCUGCCGCUGAAACGGAAACAGCGUCGCAGUCGGACGACAUUCACGGCCGAACAGCUGGAGGAGCUGGAGAGAGCUUUCGAACGCACGCAUUACCCUGAUAUCUACACCAGAGAAGAGCUCGCUCAGAGAGCCAAAAUCACAGAGGCACGAGUGCAGGUGUGGUUCAGCAACAGACGAGCUCGUUGGAGGAAGCAGGCGGGAGCCAAUCAGCUCAUGGCGUUCAAUCACCUGAUCCCCGGUGGUUUUUCACAUCCGGCGGUGUCCAGUCUCUCCCCGUAUCAGCUGUCAGAGAGCCCGUACCCACCCGCUGGCCUUUCUCAAGAUUUGAGUGCUGUACACAGACCUCAGCCGCUCCCGCCGCCCGCAGGCCAUCAGAGUGCUGGGGGGGCGGGGCCGGAGGGCGGGGCUUCCUACUGUCUCUCCAGUCGCCAUGGCUACACAGGAUAUUCAGAUACAUUUGGACCUCAUAACAUUCACACCAACUCUGCCAUCAACAAUGGACUGUCUUCUCAGGAGCGCACCAAAGCCUCAACGGGGGGUGUUUGUCAGGAACACUGACAGAGCGCUAUGAAUUACAGGUCUGACGGGUG